UUUCGUAGUAAUGAUGGAUAUUCAGUAACGGAUGCUUUUUGUUCUUCUAAGUGAUGUUAUGGAAUAAAUGGAUUCUACGUUGUUUAAUUACAUUCAAUACAUUCUACUGGGUAAUUAAUCUUUUGUUGAGAUCAUGGACCGAUGUAAGUUAAAGCACUAUUGGAAAUCUGAGAGCGUUUGGCAGCCAUUUUAUUCUAGUAUGGGACUCCUUAGUAGAGACUACACACAAUCCCACACACCGGACUCGAACCCAAGAUUUUCGGUCUGGUGCGCAGUGAGCCGGCAUCCAACGGUAUCAGUAUCUAACUUCAAUCAAACCACGAGAUCAUCCGACCAUGUUCCAUUGUAUUCGGGGAGUAACUGCCUUACGCCCGAUACAGAUUAGCUCCACUGGUUACGACUCCUCAUAAGUAUUGAAUAAUAUAAGAGGAUUAUUUGAAAUGAUUAGUUAAUUUUUUAAUUAAAACACCAAAAAUAUUGUUAAAUAAUGAACCAGUUUUAAUUUAAAAUUAUUAUUUUAGAUUACAGGAUGUAUAGGUUUAAGUGUUGGAAUUUAUGAAAUCACUUAUAGUGAUUAUCAUUUUCUUCGAGGAAAAUAUGAUUUGGGAUUAUUUACUGGAUCUUAUAUGAUAUGUUCAUGUGGGAUAUUUAUUCUAAUAUCGAGUCCAUUUGGUUGGACUGGAAUCUUGUCAAGGUCAAGAAGAAUAUCAUUAGCAUUUUGUAUUAUUCUGGUACUUAAUGGAAUUUGUCUACUUAGUUGUGGAAUAUGGUCAUCAAAAUAUUCUGGAAAUAUACCCUUUGAACUAAAUGAAAUGUUUGAUAAUUUAUUAAAAAAUUAUAAUGAGAAACGUUUAAUGGUAAAUGAUGAAACGAAAUUUCUCAAUUACAUUCAAUAUAAAUUUGAUUGCUGUGGUAAAUUAAAUGUUGAAGAUUUGUUAGAUCGUAAACCAAUUAUUGCAUGUGGAAUGAAACCAACUGAAAAGAAGGGAUGUUUAACGAAAGUUAUCGGUACGACAAAAUCAGGUCAAUUUCGUAUUGCACUUGUUAGCAUCUGCAUAGCAAUUUGGCAGUUUUUCGGUAUCCUUAUUUAUUCAUUCUUUACUUGUUCAAACUGGAAUAAUCAAAAUCACCACCCCCAUCAUCAUUUUGAUUAUCAAUAUUCGAAAAAAGAGAAUACAAGGAACUUUGAAUAAUGACAAUGAUGAAAAGAAUUUCUAAACAGAAGUAUAUGUUACUAUAAAAUAUACUGGUAUCUAUGGCUUAAAAGAAAUAAACAAUUGAAUUGACAAUAUUCACUGAGGAUAAUUAUUUUGAUUAUAUUAGUAAUCAGAGAGAAAAAAAGGAAAGAUCCCUUGGUUACAAAUAUAUUAUGUUAUUUUUUCCUCCCCAAAAAAUUCAUUUCCAAUUCA